ACCUGCAACAGUCAUGAAAACAGCAUCCGCUUUGCUCAUCGUUGGGAGCAUUCUGCUUGUAUUUUUUGACAUGAGCCGCCACCAGUCUGCGGCAAGUGCCGAAGAUGCCCAGCCUUAUGACGAGAAGCAGAGCGUUGAAUUUCAUAAGAAAUUGCUAUCAUGUAUUGCAUGCACCAAGGACGAUGAAGCAAGAACAGAUUACAUUUCUUGUACGAUGCUAAUGCCAGAUUCAUGUCGAGAAUGGAUGCAGCAAUGCAGCGGACGUUACGUCAAAAAAUGGGAUGAACCUAAUGACUUCUUCACCCAGCUGUGUGGCAAAGAGACGGCUAUUGAAAAUGUAAUUGAAUGUAGCAGACCACCAAACGAACACUGCAAUGCUACUGAAGGACACCGCGAAGAAGAGAAACAAAUUAUCGAGAAAUACAGGGCAUGCGUCAUGGAUGUUAUGAAGAAUCAUUGCGAACUGUGAGUCUUUCACGAAAAUGACUUCCUGAGAAAUUCCUCUAUUAAAAUGUGGCAACAAUUCUGAUUUAUGAAAUAAAAGCAGAUUUUUUUCAUAA